GCCCCGACGUAAUAGAUUCGUACUACGAAUCCCGAAAAAAGGUAUCAUAGCUCCGUUCGUAUCGAAAAAUUCUGCUACGAAAUUCGGAGUUCUGAAAAUUGGUAUCACUAGCCCCGAAUGAAUAGUAAGUUUGACAGAUUUUUCUACGAACAGAUUUUUAUGUAGGAAUAAUUAAAAACUAGACAUAACAGUUUUGUCUACCAAAGUGAAUGGAUACAAAUCGACAAAAAUGUCCAAAAAAGUAAUUACAAACAAAACACAGUACCAACGGCUAUUGGAUUUGCUCCAAGAAAACCCUGAAAUUGCUCAAGGGUACACAAAAGCAACAAAAGAGGAAGUCGCCGCCUUUUGGGAUACAGUAAAAGAAGAACUAAACAGCCUUGGUCCACCUUUAAAGGAUGCCAGCAGCUGGAGGAAGGUAUGGUUAGACUGGAAGGCGUAUAUUAAAAGAAAACUAGUAGAAAAUAAAAAAGAAAUCAAGGCUACAGGUGGUGGAAUGAACAGAACGCAUUCUUUUUCAGACCUUGAAGAAAUUGUUAUCAAGUUAACUGGUCUUGAAACAUCAACAAGUGAAUUUAAAAGCUCUCGUUCGUUUGGCAUCAACAGUUCUUUGGAAGAUCAAAAUCAACAACUUAACGAAGUUGUUGUUGAAGAUAAUCAAAAUCCAGAUGUGUCGAUGUCCUCAGACGUUGCUGAUUCGGGAAGUGUUCGUCAACGCCGGCGUCUUCCAACCACUUUUCAACAAAGCCACUCAAACGAUACCGCCUGCCUUUUGCGGGAACAAAUGAAACUUCAAAAGGAAUUUUAUCGUCAAUCAGAAAUUUUUUGGGAAAAGCAAAAUAAAAAUGCAGAUGAUAUCUCAAGCAGCUUGCGUCGUAUAAAUAGAGGAGUGGAAAAACUCUCUGAAUUAAAGAAAAAAUGUCUUAAAGAGUCCCAGAGACAUAACAAGAUAAAAGAAGAACUCUUGCAGCGUAAAAUUGAGCUAAAACUUAAAGUUCUUGAAAUCGAGGAGUCAAAAUAUUAAGUUUUUAUUUUGUUUAUGAAUUCUGAAUGUGAUAUUUGAAAUGUAACUUUUUUUAAGUGUUUAUUUUGAAAGUAUUUAUUUUUGUAUGUUUUGAAUUACAAAAAAUAAAAAUGAACUGGAUUUU